AUGACUCCGCCUCAACACCAAAGCCGCCGCCACCACCACCACUCCUCUUCCAACACCUCUUCUCCAUCAUCAUCGGAGGAAGGAAUGUCCACUGAAGGUCAUCAAGGUGCUUUGGAACAAGGACUGGUCGUUUCGCAUAGUACCGAUAGUUAUGGAGCAAUGGAUGUAGCAACAGCUCAAUUCAACGAUGAAGAGAAGAAGAAGAAACAACAAGAUGAUUCAGUUGUAGUAGCAGCCUAUUAUGAAAAGCCACACCAAUUGCCGCAUGAUGAUGAGCCGCUAUGGAAAGAAGGAAUUGAAAAGAAGAAGCGAAAAAUUACCUUCUGGACUGUUUUUGAUUUUUCUAAAAAGUGGUUGGCAUUAAUUAUUGGAUGUUUGAUGAUGUUGGUGUCAGGAACGCAAUAUGCAUUUUCAUCCAUCAGCCCGAUGAUUAAGAGAGAGUUGGGAUACUCGCAAUACGAAGUCACAACCAUUGCAGCUCUUGCAAAUUUAGGAACAUACUUUAGCUUGCCAAUUUCAUUAGUGAAUGACUUUGCUGGUGCACGGAUUUGUUCAAUUGUUUCAGCUGGGUUGUAUUUUGCAGGAUACUUUUUGUUUUUACUUUUAUAUUUGGAAAAGCUACCGAAUCAUUACAUAUUAGGAGGUAUUUUCUUUUUAAUCAUGGGUAGUGGAAGCGCAGGUGGUUAUUUAGCAUCCAUGUCCACCAAUUUAAAGAAUUUUUCAGAGUCGAAUAGAGGUCUUGUGGUUGGUAUUUUGGCCUCAUGUUUUGGUUUGUCAAGCUUCUUCUUCUCAUCCGCUUACAGUUACAUCUUUUCACAGGAUUUGGAACCUUAUCUGUUAUUUACAGCAAUUUUUGGAACGGUCAUUAUAUUUUCUGGAUGUAUUUUUAUGAAUACCAUCAGUAAGGACCCUUCGAACAAAACCCCACAAAAAAGAAUCAAACAAGAGGAAUCAGAUCAACAAAAUUCCGAAAGAACUUCACUCUUGAAACAUCAUGAUUUGCCACAACAAGAAAAAUCUGAACUUGACACAACCAUUGACAAGUCACAAGAAGAAGGAGCUGCUGUAACCUAUGAAGAAGCAGCUACCACUGAAACACCUCUCAAAGGAAAGAAAAUCUUUGCAGAUAUUAGUGCCAACAAAUCCAUGGAUCCUCCAACCCUUUAUCCAUUUAGAAUGUUGUUGACAUUGGACUUUUAUAUGUUCUUCAUUGUGUACAUGAUUGCUGCUGGUUGUGGUUUGGUCAUUAUCAAUAAUUUGGGGUCUAUUGUGUUGGCUUAUGGAGGUUAUCAUGGUCAGCAAAAUCUCAUGGUGCAAUUGCUUUCAGUGUUCAACUGCAUUGGACGAAUUGUAUUUGGAUUUUUGAGUGACAAGUUCCUUCUUCCUCAUUAUCAUCUCACACGUAUUUCCUUCUUUAAUAUGGCUGUUUUCAUGAUGGGUGUGGUUCACUUUAUUUUUGCAUGGAUUCCUGUGAAUGGUAUUUAUGGAAUGAUUUGUGUCAUGGGAUUCUUUAAUGGUGGAAUUUUCUCUCUAGCUCCAUCUUUCUGUAGUGAACGAUAUGGAUCUAAAUAUUUCGGAAUGAACUUUUCGAUUGUGAAUUUAGCAGCAGCAGCUGGAAGUUAUGCAUUGGCCACAAGUUUAGCUGGAUAUAUUUAUCAAGAAGGUGUCAUUGCUCCAAGAGUUACCACUUGUCAUGGUAGAGAUUGUUUCCAACUCACUUUCUUUAUUACUACUGCAAUGUGUGGAUUUGCCUUAAUAUUAGGACUUGUAUUGCAAUAUAGAACUCGAUGGGUUUAUGGUAUUUUCUAUCGAAGAAGAAUAGCAGCCACUCAAAAACAAUCAAACAUUGAAAACAAGUCAUCGACUGUUUAA